AUGUCGCUUCAAACUGUUAUCAAUCAGAACCAGCAAACCAUUGCUUUCCUCGAAGCUAAAGAAUAUUACAGCGCGAUUGUGUCAUCAUCGUCUGCGUUGCAGUGCCUUCGUAGCGUCCCACCAAUGCAGCACGAAGAACAUGAAGGCAAUCUCCUGCUUGUUCCAGCGGCGAAAAGCUCCGUCUCACCAUCAUCUGACAACGCAAUCGAUCAUUGCAUGCUUUUUGCAAACAUUCAGGGACACGAUGACAUACGUGGAAAUCAAACAUUCAUGUACAGCCAUGCCAUUCCAUUGCCUCCGAAUGUGACUGAUCAUGCCACCAUUACACUCCUUCUCAUUUUCAAUGCAGCGCUUGCUCAUCACUUGGUGGCAAUGCAAGACAAGGAAGAUUCACCUAGAUUCCUUCGCAGAGCAAACCAAUUGUACACAUUGGCAUACAAUUCGUCAGAAGAUAUCGAGCAGAACCCUUUGUUUCUCUUUGCUGUGUACAACAAUACUGCAUUGGUCGAUCUACAGAUUGGGGACAAGGACUCGUGGAACCCCUGCGUUGAGCACUUGGUUUCCAUCUACAUGGUUAUGGUGGAUGAAGGUUGCACUUCGCGACUACGUCACCUCCAAGGCUUCCUCGAGAGCCUCGUUUCUAGCACCCCAACAGCAGCCGCGGCUUGA